CGAGAGUGACGUCACAUGACGCAUGGCGGUCUGAAUAAUCACAUCACGAUUAUUUGCCAUUACGACGAUUGUUCAUCUUUCCGUCAUUUGCGUGAUUUUCUUGUGAAAAAAUAGUGAUCUUCGCAUUAAUUUACGAUGGUUUCCUUGAAUCCGGUACGGAUCUUCAAACAUGAAGCUGGAGAGGAAAAAGCAGAGAUUGCUAGGUUGAGCUCGUUCAUUGGAGCUAUAGCCAUUGGAGAUCUAGUGAAAUCCACCCUCGGUCCUAAGGGCAUGGACAAGAUACUUGUAUCUCACGGAAGGUCUGCAGGGCAAGUGCAAGUUACUAACGAUGGCGCUACCAUUCUUAAGAGUGUUGGUGUUGAUAAUCCUGCUGCCAAAAUUUUGGUGGACAUGUCUCGUGUCCAAGAUGACGAAGUAGGAGAUGGCACUACUUCAGUCACUGUUCUUGCUGCUGAACUCUUGCGUGAAGCGGAGAAACUGAUUGAGAAUCAAAAGAUUCAUCCACAGACUAUUAUUAGCGGUUGGAGAAAUGCUACUACUGUAGCAACAGAAGCUCUGCUUAAUGCAUCAGCAAAUAACUCGGCGGAUCCCGAACGGUUCCGCGAGGAUUUACUGAAUAUCGCGCGCACAACACUGAGCUCCAAGAUCUUAUCGCAACACAAGGAACAUUUUAGCAAGCUUGCGGUUGACGCGGUGUUGCGUCUUAAGGGUUCUGGUAAUUUAUCUGCUAUUCAAGUUAUAAAGAAACGCGGCGCAACGCUCGCUGAUUCGUUCUUGGAUGAGGGAUUCCUGUUGGAUAAGAAGCCUGGUGUUCAUCAACCACAAAAAAUUAGCGACGCACGCAUACUUAUCGCUAAUACAUCUAUGGACACGGACAAAAUCAAGGUAUUUGGUUCCAGAGUUCGUGUGGAUUCAAUGGCGAAGAUCGCAGAAUUGGAAACUGCGGAAAAAGAAAAGAUGAAGGAUAAGGUCGACAAGAUCUUGAAGCAUGAAUGCAACGUUUUCAUCAAUAGACAAUUGAUUUACAAUUAUCCAGAACAAUUGUUCGCCGACGCCGGAAUCAUGGCUAUCGAGCAUGCAGAUUUCGACGGUAUCGAGAGAUUAGCGCUUGUUACUGGUGGCGAAAUAGUCAGCACCUUUGAUAAUCCAGAAUUAGUCAAGCUCGGAAAAUGCGAUCUUAUCGAGCAGGUCAUGAUCGAAGACACGCUCCUGAGAUUUUCCGGAGUUCCAUUAGGUGAAGCAUGCACCGUUGUUAUUCGCGGCGCGACUCAGCAGAUCAUCGACGAAGCUGAGAGGUCGUUGCACGACGCGCUCUGCGUCUUGGCCGCCACAGUGCGCGAAUCGAAAAUAGUCUAUGGCGGUGGGUGCAGCGAGAUGAUUAUGGCUUGCGCCGUUAUGCGAGCGGCUGCUUCCACACCGGGUAAGGAAGCGGUUGCGAUGGAAGCAUUUGCACGAGCUUUGCAGCAGUUGCCGACCGUCAUCGCCGACAAUGCUGGCUAUGACUCUGCGCAGUUGAUUAGCGAGUUGAGAGCUGCGCAUAAUUCUGGUGGCAGCACCAUGGGAUUAGAUAUGGAAUUGGGCAAAAUUGGUUGCAUGAAGCGUUUAGGAAUCACCGAAUCCUGGGUGGUAAAACGACAAGUUCUCAUAAGCGCAGCUGAAGCAGCGGAAAUGAUAUUACGUGUGGAUGACAUUUUGCGUGCGGCUCCUAGGAAACGUACUCAAGAUAGAGGACAUUGUUAAAAUAAAAAAUUUCUAUCUUUGUUUCGAUUUGCGAUACUUUCACAUGGCUAUUAUCAUUGCCAUUUACUUUCUCAUGCAACAACUAAAAUUAACAUGUUUAAUUAACAAGAUAUUGGAGUAUUAUUUAAUUGCGCGUCAAUAUUUCACUCUCUUGUUCACAAUGUUAUAUAUUUGAUACUAAUGUACUAAUUAUCACAGUAAGCAGAAUAUACCAUUUACACUGCUUCGAACAUUGUGUUAUAUUUCUACAAGAAUUGUGUUUUAUUUUUCCUAAUUUCUCAAAUGAGAGAUAUUGUACAAUAAGCAGAACGUCUGUAUUCAGAACUUUUUAUAACAAUACAAUAGAUUCAACAUUAAUAAAUGCUUGAAAAAUA